ACAUUGCAAGCACACUCAACUCAAGAAACCAUUCACUACCAGCCUUUAAUAGUCGAGGAGACAACAGGAUGAUUGGUCUUGGGAAUUACGGUUAUACCGCACCAGCUGCGACGAAGAUCAAUGCUUAUGACGUCCCGGAAGGAGUGGACAUCCGGGGUCGAUAUGAUGAAGAGUUUGCAAAGAUUUUGACCAAGGAUGCUUUGCAGUUUGUGGCUGAUUUGCAGAGGGAGUUCAGGAACCAUAUUAACUACGCAAUGGGGUGCCGCAAGGAGGCUAAAAGGCGGUAUAAUGAAGGGGCGUUGCCAGGUUUUGAUUCGGCUACAAGGUACAUAAGAGAAGGGCAGUGGACUUGUGCACCAGUUCCACCAGCUGUUGCUGACAGGAGGGUGGAAAUUACGGGGCCUGUGGAGAGGAAGAUGAUCAUUAACGCUCUCAACUCUGGAGCCAAAGUGUUUAUGGCUGAUUUUGAAGAUGCACUCUCUCCGAGUUGGGAGAAUCUUAUGAGAGGGCAAAUUAACUUAAAGGAUGCAGUCGAUGGAACAAUAACGUUCCAUGACAGGGCAAGGAACAGGGUUUACAAGCUCAAUGACCAGAUAGCUAAACUGUUUGUUCGUCCACGAGGUUGGCACCUACCUGAGGCUCACAUACUCAUAGAUGGCGAGCCUGCAACUGGUUGUCUCGUGGAUUUUGGCCUUUAUUUUUACCACAGCUAUAACAGUUUCCGCAAGACUCAAGGUGAAGGAUUUGGGCCCUUCUUCUAUCUCCCUAAGAUGGAGCAUUCAAGGGAAGCUAAAAUAUGGAAUUGUGUGUUUGAGAGGGCGGAAAAGAUGGCAGGUAUAGAAAAAGGAAGCAUCAGGGCCACUGUUCUAAUUGAAACACUUCCAGCUGUCUUCCAAAUGGAUGAAAUCCUUUAUGAGCUCCGGGAUCACUCUGUUGGCCUAAACUGUGGACGAUGGGAUUACAUUUUCAGCUAUGUUAAGACAUUUCAAGGUCAUCCGGAUAGAUUGUUGCCAGACAGGGUUCAAGUUGGUAUGACUCAACACUUCAUGAAGAGUUACUCUGAUCUUCUCAUCAGGACAUGCCAUAGGCGUGGCGUGCACGCCAUGGGUGGAAUGGCAGCUCAGAUUCCCAUUAGAGAUGAUCCAGCAGCAAAUGAGGCAGCCUUUGAUCUUGUAAGGAAGGAUAAACUGAGAGAGGUCAAGGCAGGGCAUGAUGGAACUUGGGCAGCACACCCAGGACUCAUCCAAGCCUGUAUGGAAGUCUUCACCAACAACAUGGGAAAUGCUCCUAACCAAAUUCAAAUCGUCAAACGAGAAGAUGCAGCAAACUUAACAGAAGAAGACCUAUUGCAAAGGCCUAGAGGGGUCCGUACCAUGGAAGGUCUCCGCCUAAAUACUCGUGUAGGGAUCCAGUACUUGGCAGCCUGGCUAACUGGCGCAGGGUCAGUCCCUCUUUACAAUCUCAUGGAAGAUGCUGCCACAGCUGAGAUCAGCAGAGUUCAAAACUGGCAAUGGCUGAAAUAUGGAGUGGAAUUGGAUGGGGAUGGCCUUGGGGUUAGGGUGAAUGCUGAUCUCUUUGGGCGAGUGGUGGAAGAAGAGAUGGCUAGGAUUAAGAGAGAGGUUGGAAACGAGAAGUUCAGAAAGGGAAUGUACAAAGAAGCUGGCAAGAUUUUCACCCGCCAAUGCACUGCUCCCAGCCUGGAUGAUUUUCUGACUCUUGAUGCCUAUAAUCACAUUGUCGUGCAUCAUCCUAAGGGUCUGUCUAAGCUAUAAACGAGCGCAUCCUUUUUGUUUUUUUUCCCAUGGAAUCCUGGACUCCGUCUUGUGUUGUCCCAUAAUCUACUGCUACUGUUAAUAAGUAAAUAAUCAAUCACGAUUUCAGUGUUGUUUUUACUGAAAGCUUCAA